AUGAGAUGCAAAGGAACAUGCAUCGAUACAAUUUUUCCAGAAGAAUUUACAUCCUUUCUUAGUUUAAUAUUGUCAACUAUACCAAUGUUUAAGAAAGGUACAGAUUCACGCUUUGGAUUUGGUUUCCGAAAUAAUCAAAAUUCUGAUGUACAAUUUCUUUUUGAACUUGGACCACAAACUUAUACACAAUCACUUGAUUCAGACAAUUCAAUUGAUAAAAGAGAAGUUAAAAGUAAAGAUAGUAUUUAUAAUAGUGGUUUUAAAGAUAUGACCCACAGGAAAAAAUCAACUCCGAUCGAUAGUGAUCACCCCGGCUCGCAACAGUAA